AUGUACCAAAAGAACUUCCCGAAUUCGCAGCCUCGGAUCAUACACGCCCAUACGGACCAUAUUGAGAAGCAAGUUGGGACAAAGGCUUAUUUCAAGAAUCAUGCCGGCAAAUCUGUUCAACAUCAUCUCCUCGCCGCUGCCAACCCCGGGAAUAAACUGAUCCAACACUACUCUCUCACCAAGCCCAACACCGUUUCUGCAUUUGAAGAUGUGUCUGACCUAGGACUCAAGUAA